AUGGCUGCCCGGUCUCCAUCCAUUAUCCGCCGCUCUUUGCUCUAUGUGCCAGGCUCAUCGCAAAAGAUGCUCACCAAGUCUCUCGGUCUCAAAUCAGACAACGUAACUUAUGACUUGGAAGACUCGGUUACACCCUCUCUCAAAGACACAGCCCGCAAUCAACUGCGCGAGCACAUCUCCAACCUCAAAGCUCGGCCUUCUGGCAUUUCUGAGCUGGCCGUUCGCAUCAACGCUGUUUCCACCCCCUUUGCUCUCUCAGACUUGACCACACUCGCGCCACUGUCUCAUGUUGACGCUGUCGUGGUUCCCAAAGUCAAUUCUGCGGCUGACCUGACCUUUGUUACUGAUGUUCUCCGACAUGUCGCUCCAGAACGCCACACUGCCGAGGCAGAUAACCCAAUAAAGAUAAUAGCUCUUAUCGAGUCAGCUCGCUCCAUCAUGGACUUGGCCCAGAUAUCAAAGUCAUCUCCCUACCUGAGUGGCUUCAUCUUCGCAGCCGAGGAUUUCGCCCUUGAUCUCUCGCUGACAAGAACCCCGUCUCUGACCGAGUUUCUCUACGCCAGAUCUGCCAUAGUCACCGCAGCCCGGGCAGCCGGAUUGCCAAGUGCAAUUGAUCUAGUUUGCACCUCCUAUAAGGGAGAGCAGGGGCUAAAAACUCUCGAGGAGGAGUGUGCUGGAGGAAAAUCCAUUGGCUUCAACGGAAAGCAGUGCAUACACCCAAGCCAGGUCGAAGUCGUCCAGCGUAUGUUCGCUCCGGAUAAGAAGGAGGUUGAAUGGGCUAUUAGGAUCUCCAUCGCUGAUGAGAAGGCUUCGGCGUCCGGUCGAGGCGCCUGGACCCUAGAUGGUAAAAUGAUUGAUGCCCCCGUUGUUGGCAAAGCUGGUGCUGUCAUUGUCAAAGCAGAACAGUGUGGCAUUGAUGUUCAGUCCUUAAGAAACAAAUGGAAGGAUCAAGAGCCUGAGUAA